ACAUCGUGUUGAGUUUAUAGUGUUAACAAGAUAACACGUACUCGAAUGUUUAUGUAAUAUGAUAUAAGGAGCACAGUUGAUAUUUUCAGGCUUAAAUAGGCACAUACGACGUUUCAUGUAUCAUUCUUUAUUAAACUGUCCGUUUGAAUUAGAUAUAAGGACAUUCAUCAGAAAUUAUACCAAGUUUUUCUGAUAGAACAUGGCAACUUUAAUUACAGACGUCGAUGUAAAAGACGUAAGGUUCCCAACAUCUCUGUUAGCAGAUGGUAGCGAUGCUAUGCACACAGAUCCCGACUAUUCUUGCGCUUACGUUACGAUAAAGACCAACAAAGGGAUCGAGGGAUAUGGAUUAACAUUCACUCUGGGUAGAGGGACAGAAAUCGUUACUCAAGCAUGCAAAUCAAUGUCCUACUUGGUAAAGGGACAGAAUACUGUUGACAUUUUCUCUAACUUUGGAUCGUUUUGGAGGAAAUUAACUAGCGAGACGCAAUUAAGAUGGUUGGGACCAGAAAAAGGCGUCACUCAUCUUGCCACAGCAGCUAUAAUAAACGCGUUGUGGGACCUGUGGGCUCGAUUAGAGAAGAAACCAGUCUGGAAACUCUUGGUGGACUUAACUCCUGAACAAUUAGUUUCAACGAUCGAUUUCAGAUACAUCACUGAUGUCGUUACCAAAGAGGAAGCCAUAGAAAUGCUCAGAGCCAGCGAAGAGGGGAAAAAGGAGCGAGAGGAAUUUUUAAUAAAAAAUGGUUAUCCAGCGUACACCACGCAAGUGGGAUGGCUCGGUUACAGCGACGAAAAAGUGAAGACUCUCUGCAAGAAGUUUCUGGAUCUGAACUUCACAUCCUUCAAAGCAAAAGUUGGUCAGAAUUUGAAGGACGAUAUCAGAAGAUGUCGCCUGAUACGCGAAAUGAUUGGAUAUGAAAAUAAAUUGAUGGUGGAUGCAAAUCAAGUUUGGGAUGUCGAUCAGUCGAUAGAAUGGAUGAAAGAGCUAAAAGAGUUUAAGCCACUUUGGAUCGAGGAACCAACAUCGCCGGAUGAUAUCUUGGGUCACGCGAAGAUCGCCGAGGCGCUACGGCCAUUCGGUAUCGGCGUUGCUACCGGUGAAAUGUGCGCCAACCGCGUUAUGUUCAAACAACUUUUGCAAGCUAAAGCAAUUAAUUAUUGUCAGAUUGACUCGGCUAGAAUUGGAGGAAUUAAUGAGAUAUUGUCCGUUUAUUUCAUGUCCAAAAAAUUAGGAGUCCCUGUGUGUCCACAUGCUGGAGGAAUAGGACUCUGUGAAAUGGUUCAACACCUUCAAAUGUGGGACUUUGUUUCUCUCACUGGAACCACCAAAGAACGUGUGAUAGAGUAUGUUGAUCAACAGCACGAACAUUUUGAACAGCCUGUGAGGAUUCAAAAUGCUUGUUAUAUGCCACCCAUGUCUCCAGGAUAUUCUACUAAACUGACAGAUGACUGUUUAGAAAAUUAUGUCCAUCCUGAUGGAAAGCAGUGGAAGCAUAUGUAUGAAAAGGGACUUUUCCAAAAAACAUCAUAGCCAAUACCAUGAUGUACUGAUUUAUAUUGAUCCUACAAUUGUUACAUUGGUAUCAAUAUAUAUUUUGCAAAAAAAGGAACAAUAAAUAUAAAAAUCUAUUAAACCACAGCACACAGGAGAAUUAUUUAUAAGAAUAUUAAGAAUUAUGUGUGGCUUACAUGUACAUCUAUUGAAA